AUAAAAUACACACAAACACACACAUAUACAAUACAUUAAAUUGCUUUCUCAAAACAGUUAUUUUGCUUUUUCUGUUUCACAUUUGCACUUCUUCGUACAAAUUGUAUCCCUCUGCUUCUCUUCUUGUUUUUUCUGUCUACUUAUACGUACCCGUCGUCAUCUACCCUCUCUCUCUUUCUAUUUCUCUCUGAAACUCUCUCUCUCCCCCCUUCUUUCAGGCGGAUAAACCGGUGUGUACAGAUCCAAGGCUACAUAUAGCUGGAAAAAAAGGAAGAUUAAAUGGAGGAAGGAUUUGAAUUUCGAUGUUGGGACGAAUUAAUACCUGAUGCACUUGGGCUAAUAUUCAGGAACCUUUCACUUCAGGAGGUACUUACUGUAAUCCCAAGGGUUUGCAAAUCAUGGGGACAAGCAGUGAUGGGGCCUUAUUGCUGGCAAGAGAUUGACAUUGAGGAAUGGAGUCGGCACUGCCAGACCAACAACAUUGAUCGAAUGCUUCAAAUGCUGAUCACAAGAAGCUGUGGUUCAGUCCGCAAGCUCUGCGUGUCUGGCCUAUCCGGUGACCCGAGUUUUUUCUUCAUUGCAGACCAUGCCAAAUCUCUUCAGACUUUGCGGCUGCAAAGAAGUGAAAUAAGCGAUUCAGUAGUGGAACAGAUUGCAGGGAGGCUCUCUUCAAUAACUUUCCUGGAUGUGAGCUAUUGUAGGAAGAUUGGAGCCCCAGCCCUUGAGGCUAUUGGAAGGCACUGUAAAUUCCUUACGGGAUUGCGUCGAAUCAUGCACCCACUAGAAGCGAUUGAUAAGCUUUCUCAAGACGAUGAGGCUCAUGCCAUUGCUGCCACAAUGCCCAAGCUCAAGCACCUUGAGAUAGCCUACUUGCUUGUUGCUACAAAAAGUGUGCUUGCAAUACUUGCAAACUGCCAAGAGCUCGAGUUAUUGGACUUGCGAGGGUGUUGGAAUGUGAGUCUCGAUGAGAAGUUUCUCAAGAAAUUUGCAGGGCUGAAGGUGGUUGGACCCCUUGUUGAUUCUUAUGAGAUCAAUGGCUGGGACAAUUGCUCGAAUUACUCUGGUUCGUCUGGUUACGUGCCCUGGGAAUUUGUGGCUGGUGAAAUAGACGAUUACUAUGAUGAGAUAUCCGAUGGGUUUUGGGAAGACGACCAAAAUGCUGAGGAUGUGGAAAUGUGGUUCUACGACGGCCUUUUUGAUGCUGCUGUGGAUGCUGGCCUUGAUUGGCCCCAAUCUCCUUGAGGUUUGCUUGUGUAAAUGUUUGAUGGAUUUCGAUAUAUGUCACUGCUCGUUUGCUAUGUUGUUAGAAAUUCUGCUUGUAUUGCUACUUAGUUGGCCAUUAUAUGUUCUAUAUGAAAGUAUAUCUCUGCUUUUCUAAA